GACUGUACCAGGACAAGGUGUUCUGCUUCAUCCAUCUGAGUGUUCAGGAGUUUCUGGCUGCUCUUCAUGUCCACCUGACCUUCAUCAACUCUGGACACAAUCUGCUGGAAGAACAACAAACCUCCCAGAAGUCUGAAACAGGAGAAUCUGCAGAGAAACACUUCUACCAGAGUGCUGUGGACAAGGCCUUACAGAGUCCAAAUGGACACCUGGACUUGUUCCUCCGCUUCCUCCUGGGUCUUUCACUGCAGACCAAUCAGACUCUCCUACGAGCCCUGAUGUCACAGACAGGAAGUAUCUCAGGAAUCACUCUAGCAACAGUCCAGUACAUUAAGAUGGAGCUCAGUAAGAAUCUGUCUGCAGAGAAAAGCAUCAAUCUGAUCCACUGUCUGAAUGAACUGAAUGAUCGUUCUCUAGUGGAGGAGAUCCAACAGCACAGGACUUCAGGAAGUCUCUCCACAGGUAAACUGUCUCCUGCUCAGUGCUCAGCUCUGACCUUCAUCUUACUGUCAUCAGAAGAAGAUCUGGAUGAGUUUGACUUCAAGAAAUACUCUACUUCAGAGGAGGCUCUUCUGAGAAUGCUGCCAGUGGUCAAAGCCUCCAACAAAGCUCUACUGAGCAGCUGUAACCUCUCAGAGGAAGGCUGUGAAAAGUUAUUGUCAGUGGUCAGCUCCCAGUCCUGUAGUCUGAGAGAGCUGGACCUGAGUACCAACAGCCUGAAGGCUUCAGCAGUAAAGCUUCUGUCUGCUGCAGUGGAGAGUCCACACGCCAAACUGAAUGUUCUGAGACUUAACAUCUGUGAACUCUCAGAGAGCCGCUGUAAAGCUCUGUCCUCAGUUCUCAGCUCACAGUCCUCUAGUCUGACAGAGCUGGACCUGAGUAUCAGAAAGCUGCAGGAUUCAGGAGUGAAGCUUCUGUCUGUUGGACUACAACGUUUAAACUGUAAACUGAAUACUCUGAGGUCAGAUCAGAAAACAUUUUGUUUUUAGAAUUAUUAAUUAAAG